AUGAGAUCCGGCAAAGCCUUGACGGAAUACGUUGCCGAAGAAUCGACCAUACCUGCGUACAUGGCCCUUCAUCUUGCAUCGGAAUGCGCCAGGCUAGGCUCAGUAGCACCAAAGCAUUUUGUUCCCCACGUCAAACCACCACCGAGGCUUCAAGUUUCAUCAGACGCGCAGGAACCAGAUGAGGAAAAACAUGGCUCACUUGCUAGUGGGAAAUCUACUUUGAUCAAAACUCUGGCUACCUGGGCUGUCAAAAGCGGCCGAACAAAAGUCAAAGGUCCUGGAUUGCUCCUGGUUAAUUUGAAUCCAAAUGAUGUCGGGUGGACAGUUCCAGGAACCUUCUCAGUCGCGCCACUUGACGUCUUGAUUCCCACGACCACGCCGGUUCUGCCGUUCGGAUCAACGCCGACAACAGGAUCUUCAACUGCGACCAAUGGAGAAGGAGGAUUUCCAAUCAAUAUUGAUGUUGAGAUUGAACUCUGGUUGAACAAGUUUCAAGUGAGACUAAAAUACGUUGUGGAGAUCAAUCUGUGCAGAAAUCUCAUUUGA